UGACAGACAUUGUCAUCUCUGCAGACAUGAAGGCUGCUGUAUUAGCCCUCUUUGUGGCCCUUGUGGGGGGCAGCCAAAUCAGCUUUGCCCCAGAGUUUGCUACUGGAAAGACCUAUGAGUACAAAUAUGAAGCAUAUCUCCUGGGCGGCCUGCCUGAAGAGGGCCUAGCACGGGCAGGGGUAAAAAUCCAAAGUAAAGUUUUGAUCAGCGCAAUAUCUCCUGACGCCUACAUUCUAAAGCUUGAAGACCCUGUGCUUUAUGAGUACAGUGGCUUCUGGCCCAAAGAUGUUUAUGUCCCAGCCACCAAGCUCACCUCAGCCCUGUCUGCUCAGCUUUUGACUCCCAUCAAGUUUGAGUAUGCCAACGGUGUGGUUGGUAAAGUUUUUGCACCGGAAGGAGUCUCUGCAACUGUGCUGAAUAUCUACAGAGGAAUCCUCAACAUCCUUCAGCUGAACAUCAAGAAGACCCAGAAUGUGUAUGAGCUGCAAGAGCCUGGAGUUCAGGGUGUGUGCAAGACCCACUAUGUCAUCAGUGAGGAUUCAAAGGCUGAGCGCAUCCAUCUGACCAAGACCAAGGACCUGAAUCACUGCCAAGAGAGAAUCUUUAAGGACUUCGGCUUGGCAGGUUACAUAGAGAGAUGUGCUGAGUGUGAGGCUAGAGGCAAAACAAUGAAGGGAGCAGCUGCCAUUAACUAUGUCAUGAAGCCCUCAACCUCUGGUGCCCUGAUCUUGGAGGCAACUGCUACAGAGCUCAUCCAGUACUCACCUUUAAGCAUCCUGAAUGGUGCUGCCCAAAUGGAGUCCAAGCAAAUCCUGACCUUCCUGGACAUCAAGGAGGCUCCAGUAGAGCCAAUCAGAGCUGACUAUCUCCACCGUGGAUCGCUGAUGUACGAGUUUGGCAGUGAACUCCUCCAGACACCAAUUCAGCUUCUGAGGAUCAGCAAUGCAGAGGCUCAGAUUAUUGAGACUCUAAACCGCCUGGUAACCCUCAAUAUGGAUAAAGCCCAUGAAGAUUCCCCUUUCAAGUUUAUUGAGCUUAUCCAGCUGCUGCGUGUGGCCAGAUAUGAGAGCAUCGAAGCCCUGUGGAGUCAGUUCAAAUCUCGAAAUGAUUACAGGAACUGGAUCCUGAGCUCUGUCCCUGCCAUUGGCACUCAUGCUGCCCUUAAAUUCAUCAAGGAGAAGUUCAUUUCCGGUGAUCUGACUUAUGCUGAAACAGCUGAAGCUCUGAUGUCAUCUGUAUAUUUGGUGGCAGCUGACCUGGAGGCCAUCAAGCUUGUAGAGGGCCUGGCUAUGACCCCCAAGAUUCAAGAAGACCCAGUUUUGCGUGAGAUUGCCAUGCUAGGCUUUGGCAGCAUGGUUUCCAAAUACUGUUCAGAGUUCCCUACUUGUCCAUCUGAGCUUGUGAGGCCUGUCCAUGACCUCAUUAUCAGAGCUCUUGAAAAAGGUGACAUUGAUGAACUCACCAUAGCUCUGAAAGUUUUGGGUAAUGCAGGACAUCCCAGCAGCCUGAAGCCAAUCAUGAAGCUCCUUCCUGGCUUUGGUAGCUCUGCUUCCAGUCUCCCCCACAGAAUCCAUAUUGAUGCUGCUCUGGCCUUGAGGAAAAUUGCAAAGAGGGAGCCCAAGUUGAUCCAGGACAUGGCUGUUCAGUUGUUCAUGGACAAGAGUCUCGACCCAGAGCUCCGUAUGGUUGCUACUGUUGUGCUUUUUGAAACUAACCUGCCCAUGGGUCUGGUGACUACUCUUGCUGAGAACCUCUUGAAAGAACCAAACCUGCAGGUCUCUAGCUUUGUCUACUCCUACAUAAAGGCCUUUACCAAGACCACCUCCCCUGACUAUUCCUCUGUUUCUGCCGCAUGUAACGUUGCCAUUAGGAUCCUCAGCCCCAAACUUGACAGACUGAGCUACCGCUUCAGCAGAGCUUUCUACUAUGAUACCUAUCACAAUCCUUGGAUGCUGGGUGCAGCUGCCAGUGCCUACUACAUCAAUGAUGCUGCAACUGUUUUGCCCAGAGCCAUCAUGGCUAAAGCUCGCACCUACAUGGCUGGCACUUACGUUGAUGUUUUUGAGGUUGGAGUGAGAGCUGAGGGAAUCCAGGAGGCCCUUUUGAAAAUCCGUAAUGUUCCAGGGAACACCGACAGGAUCACCAAAGUGAAACAAGCUAUUAAGGCACUUUCUGAGUGGAAGGCUGAUCCUUCAAGCCAGCCCCUGGCCUCUGCAUAUGUGAAAGUGUUUGGACAGGAAAUUGCCUUUGCAAACAUUGACAAAGCAGUCUUUGAACAGAUUAUUGAGCUUGCAAACAGACCUGAAAUCCGCACUUACGGCAGAAAUGUUUUGGAUGCUGUGCUGUCCGGUUACACACUGCAUUAUUCUAAACCAAUGCUGGCUGUUGAGGUUCGUCACAUCUUCCCCACCUCUCUUGGUCUUCCCAUGGAGCUCAGUUUCUAUACUGCUGCUGUGGCUGCUGCAUCUGUUGAAGUACAAGCCAGUGUUUCACCACCUCUGCCUGAGAACUUCCACCCUGCCCAGCUUCUGAAAUCUGAUAUCUCUGUGAGAGCUGAAAUUGCUCCAAGUGCUUCCAUGCACACCUAUGCUGUUAUGGGGGUGAAUACGGUUUUCCUCCAAGCUGCUAUGGUGACAAGAGCCAAAGUUCACACAGUUGUCCCUGCAAAGAUGGCAGCAAGAUUUGACAUGAAUAAAGGUUACUUCAACUUCCAGCUCCUACCUGUUCAUGGCGUUAAAACGAUUGGAUCUGCAUUGGUCGAUACAUUUGCUGUUGCAAGAAAUGUGGAAGACAUUGAAGCUGCCAGAUUCACACCAAUUUUCCCAGCUGAGCCUGUGACACAGAUGUCAAGUCGGAAUUUCUCCUCAAUGAUUUCAAGGAUGACAUCGUCUCUGGAUAGCAGUAUGUCUGCAUCAUCUGAAAUCAUCCCUGCUGACAUUCAACAUCAUCUUGUCAGCAAAAUGAAACUUCCCAAAGCCUUUAUGAGGAAACUGUGUGCUGCAAGUGAAACAUUUGGAAUCAAAUUCUGCGCUGAGGUUGAGUCUCGCAACACCUCCUUUCUCAGAAGCACCCCACUCUAUGUUAUUGUUGGAAAGCAUGCCAUUACCAUUGAGGUUUCCCCAGCUGCAGGACCAGCUGUUGAAAGGAUUGAAAUUGAGGUUCAGGUUGGAGAAAACGCAGCUGAAAAGAUCAUUAAAGUGGUUAACAUGAGUGAGGAGGAGGAAACUCUUGAAGAUAAGAACGUCCUGAUGAAACUCAAGAAGAUUCUGGUUCCUGGUCUGAAGAACAGCACGGCAUUCUCAUCCAGCUCCAGCAGCUCACGGUCAAGCAGCUCCCGUUCAAGCGCCUCCUCAUCUGCAUCUUCCAAGACAUCCUCUAGCUCUUCUUCUCGCCACAGAAGUAAGAUGAUUGAUCUCUCUGACCUAUUUAACAUUAUAUCAAAGAGCUCUUCCAGCAGCUCCUCCAGCAACAGCUCAAGCAGCUCUUCCAGCAGCUCAUCCAGCAGCUCAUCCAGCAGCCGGUCAUCUCUCCUCUCCAGUGUCUCCUCCAGCUCAAGCUCCUCCAGGUCCAGCUCCAUGUCUAAGCAAGAACUGUAUGACAUGAAUUUCACCAAGAACCACAUCCACCAGCAUUCCAUGUCUACAGAGCGUGUCAACAGCAAGAGCAGUGCCCACAGCUUCGAAUCCAUCUACAAGAAGACCAAGUACCUCUCCAAUACCGUCGCCCCUUCUGUUACUGUUCUCAUCCGAGCUGUCAGAGCUGACCACAAGAACCAGGGAUACCAGAUAGCGGCUUACUAUGACAAAGAAAAUGCCAGAGUUCAAGUAAUUUUUGCCAACCUAACCGAAAAUGACAACUGGAGAAUGUGCGCCGAUGGUGUGAUGUUGAGCCACCACAAGCUGAUGGCCAGGAUUGCCUGGGGCAUUCAGUGCAAGCAAUACAACACAACGCUCAUCGCUGAAACUGGUGUUGUGGCUAAACAACAUGCAGUCCGUAUGAAGAUGGCUUGGGGUAGACUCCCUGAGAGAAUGACAGCAUAUGCAGAGAGGAUCUCUGAGUACCUGUCCCGUAUUGCUAUGGAAAAUGGAGUAAGGCAGCUAAAGGUCAAGAAUGUUCCUAAAGAAAUCAAGCUGACUGUAGCUGUUGCCAAUGAAACAAGUUUAAAUGUUGUGUUGAAGACACCAAAGAGUACCAUUUACAAGACCGGAAUGGGUCUACCCAUUUCUCUGCCAAUUGGAGACACUGCUACUGAGCUUGAAGCAUACCCAGGCAACUUGACUGACAGAAUCUCCUACAUACUCACCAAGGCCUAUGCUGCUGAGUGCUCCGUGGCAAAUGAGACACUGAUAACAUUCAACAAGAGGAAAUAUAAAGCCGAGAUGCCACACGCUUGCCAACAGGUCUUGGCUCAGGAUUGCACAUCAGAUCUCAAAUUUGUGGUUUUGAUAAGGAGGGACCAAGCACAGGAACAGAAUCUGAUCAAUGUCAAGAUUGAAGACAUUGAUGUCGACAUGUAUCCUAAGGACAAUGCUGUGAUGGUGAAGAUUAACGGAGUUGAAAUUCCUGUCAGCAACCUGCCAUAUCAGCAUCCAGCAGGCGGCAUCGCUAUCAGACAGAGAGGAGAUGGCGUCUCUCUCCACGCUCCAAGUUAUGGCCUUCAGGAGGUCCUGUUAAAUUCCACUGCUCUGAAGGUACAAGUUGUAGACUGGAUGAGAGGCCAUACUUGUGGACUCUGUGGAAAGGCUGAUGGAGAAGUCAGACAGGAGUAUCGCAUGCCCAAUGAACGGGUUGCCAAGAACGCAACCAGCUUCGCUCAUUCCUGGGUUGUUCCUAGCGAGAGCUGCCGUGAUGAAUCUGAGUGUUUCAUGAAGCUGGAAUCUGUAAAGCUGGACAAGAAGGUCAGACUUCUGGGUCAGGACUCCAAAUGCUACUCUGUUGAGCCUGUGCUGCGCUGUCUGCCUGGCUGCAUGCCACUUAGAGCCACCAACGUUACUGUUGGUUACCAUUGCCUGCCCAUUGAGUCAAAUCUGAAUCGUGCUGAUGGUCUCAGCAGCAUCUUCGAGAAGAGCAUUGACCUGCGAGAGACAGCAGAGGCCCACCUGGCCUGUCGCUGCACUGCUCAGUGUGCCUAAUUUCAUUGUCUUCUGUCAUAAAAGUUUUAUUCUAUGUUGUAUGUAAGUUUGUGAGCAAGUUUGUGAGCAUAAAUAAAUGGAAGAAGCUCA